AUGAAUCCUUCGCUACUAUUUUUUCUUUUUGGAUGUGUAACAAAGUUCGUGGUUCAAAAGUCACCAGACUGUGAAAACUAUAACCGAAACUACUUCCGUAACUUAUCUUUGAGCCUGAAAAAUGCAGAAGUGAACUUUGACGUAGACCUAAUCAGCCCAUUAGUCUCGGGUGUCCGCAUAAAUUUGGAUUUUUUCACACGCAAGCCAAAUUCAAAAACCUACCAGAGUUUCUAUCAAUACUCGUUUGAUAUGUGCACUAUGAUGAACAAUCACAAGAACAACUUGUUUAAGAGGUGGUUCUCAUCAUUUUUUUCAUAUGGAAACUUAAAAGCACAGUGCCCUGUUCCAGCAAAUCACUACUAUAUUCGAAAAUAUAACAUUAAUGAUCUUGUUAUUCCCACAUUUCUAUUUUCUGGUUUUUAUCGUUUAACAUUUAAUAUAUUUGAAAAUAAAAAUCAGGGUAGAAAUAAGGAUCUUAUAGUUUCCUGUUCUGUAGAAGUGGAAAUCAAAUAA